AUGUCGAGUACAGAGCAUAUCCCCAACACUACAAGCCAAUUGGAUUUUGAAAAACACCCCAACCGAUCUCAAAAUACUAUCGAAUCUGGCAACGACUCUUCCAGACAUGGAACUAGCUUAGAGGAGCUUCCCAGAAAGCGGACCAUCACAGGCUACAAAUGGUUCCUCGUCUGUGUCGGCAUCUUCUCUGCCAACCUCCUCUACGGUCUCGACACCACCAUCGCUGCCGAUAUCCAAGCCGCCAUAUCAGACUCCUUUAACAAUGUCACUCAGCUGGGCUGGCUCGGCGUGGGCUUCACCCUUGGCUCCGUCUGUGGAAUCUUGCCGCUAGGAAAGGCGUACACUCUGUUCGACACGAAGUGGUUGUUCAUCGGUAGUCUUACCAUGUUUGCCGCCGGGAGCGCCCUUUGCGGAGCAGCCCCAACCAUGGACGCCAUGAUUGUUGGGAGAGUAUGGGCCGGCGUAGGUGGGGCUGGAAUGUACCUGGGAACGCUCAACCUGAUCUCUACCACUACGUCCCCCACCGAGUCUGCCUUUUAUGUCGGCGUUACUGGCUUCGUGUACGGCGGCGGCUGCAUCCUUGGCCCCAUAGUCGGGGGCUCCCUAGCUGAUAGCGCUGCAACGUGGCGAUGGGCAUUCUACCUCAACCUUGUCGUCUUCGGUGUCAUGAGUCCGAUCUACCUUUUCGUUUUGCCCUCGCUCCCAAGACAACCCGAAAGGAUGACCACGGAAAAAUUACGAAACCUCGACUGGCUAGGUAUAGCCUUGACCGCCGCAAUGUACGUCUGUUUCGUUCUUGCUUUUACCUUUGGUGGCGCCAUCUGGGAAUGGAACGACCCUCGGUUCAUUGUCCUCUUGGUCUUAUUUUUUGUGCUGGCGGCAACAUUUAUCACAACGCAACACUUUGCCGUCUUUACAAAUAAGGUCGACAGGCUGUUCCCAUGCGAGCUUCUUCGGAACCCCCAGCUCAUCCUGUUAUACGUUGGCAUGUCCUGUUCCGGCGCCUCCCUUUUUGUGGGAAUCUACUACAUUCCAUCCUACUACCUCUUUGUCCAUGGCGAGAGCGGCACGAAUGCUGCUAUCAGGCUAAUGCCAUUCGUUUGCAUUUUUGUUGUCGCUAUCCUCGCCUGCGGAUAUGCCCUACCUAGAACGGGCUACCAUAUUGCCUGGUAUCUGGUGUCUGGAAUACUUCUGACAGCUGGCGGGGCCGCCAUGCAUACCGUCAAGGCUACCACACCCGAUGCCCACAUCUACGGAUUCUCUGUUCUUGUGGCUUUGGGCGUUACCGUAUGCCAAGCCGGUUACGACGUAGGGACACGCCUUGUCGCGACAGACAAAAUCUCUGAAGCCAUACAGUUCAUGAAUAUUUCUCAGGGACAGAGUCAGCUCCUAGGGCUCGUGAUAGCAAGUGCAAUUUUUCAAAGCGAGGCAUUCAAGGGGAUGAAGAGUGUCUUGGGUGGCAUGGGUUAUUCGGAUGCGGAGAUCCAGGGAGCGAUUGCUGGAUCUAGGAGCCAUCUAAUUCAGGAGCUGAGCCCGGAGCUGAAGGGAAAAUGUCUCGACGUGAUUGUCAAUACCAUUGGGAAGGAGUGGGUGCUUGUGGUGGUAGCUGGGGCAUUGCAGACUGUCUGCGCUCUAUUCAUGUCGAGAAGGAGGUUUCCUUAA